AUGAAGGUGGUCUCUUUCUUUCACAAUCACACCAAUCCACAGGACGUGUGGUAUGUUCUGAUUGGAAUCCCAGGACUGGAAGAUCUACACACCUGGAUAGCAAUCCCCAUCUGUUCUAUGUACAUUGUGGCUGUCAUCGGCAAUGCCCUCCUGAUCUUCCUGAUAAUGACUGAACGUAGUCUCCAUGAGCCCAUGUAUUUUUUUCUCUCCAUGCUGGCAUUAGCAGACCUUCUGCUCUCCACAGCUACAGCCCCCAAGAUGCUGGCCAUCUUCUGGUUCCAUUCCAGGGGUAUUUCCUUUGGUAGUUGUGUGACCCAAAUGUUCUUCAUACAUUUUAUCUUUGUGGCAGAAUCUGCUAUUCUUCUGGCCAUGGCAUUUGACCGCUAUGUGGCCAUCUGUUACCCACUGAGAUACACCACCAUCCUUACUUCUUCAGUCAUUGGCAAGAUUGGUACUGCAGCUGUGGCCAGAAGCUUUCUCAUCUGUGGUCCAUUCAUCUUCCUUGUAUAUCGACUUCUCUAUUGUGGGAGAUACAUAAUUCCCCAUUCAUACUGUGAGCACAUGGGCAUUGCCAGAUUGGCAUGUGACAAUAUCACUGUCAACAUCAUAUAUGGGCUCACUAUGGCCCUCCUGUCUACAGGACUGGAUAUAGUACUCAUUAUUAUUUCCUACACCAUGAUCCUUCACACUGUUUUUCAAAUCCCUUCUUGGGCUGCCAGAUAUAAGGCCCUGAACACAUGUGGCUCCCACAUCUGUGUUAUUCUUUUGUUCUACACACCUGCAUUCUUUUCCUUCUUUGCCCAUCGCUUUGGAGGCAAAACCAUUCCUCGCCACAUCCACAUCCUAGUGGCCAACCUCUAUGUGGUGGUGCCCCCAAUGCUUAAUCCCAUCAUUUAUGGGGUAAAGACCAAGCAUAUCCAAGAUCGAGUGGUUUUCCUUUUCUCCUCAGUGAGUACAUGCUAA